AUGUUGGUGUUCCUGGUUCUGGUGACUGUGGCCCUGGCAUGUGCUCACCAUUCUGGCGAGCAUUUUGAAGGUGAGAAGGUGUUGCGUGUCAGUGUUGAAGAUGAAACCCACAUCAACUUAAUACAAGAGUUGGCCAGCACCAACCAGAUUGACUUCUGGAAACCAGAUUCUGUCACACAAAUCAGACCUCACAGUACAGUUGACUUUCGUGUCGCUGCAGAAGAUACUGACGCUGUGGAGGACUUUCUGAAUCAGAAUGAACUACAAUAUGAGGUGUUGAUAAACAACCUGAGACAUGUGCUGGAGGCGCAGUUCGAUAGCCACGUCCGAGCGACUGGACACAGUUACGUGAAGUACAACAAGUGGGACACGAUAGAGGCUUGGAUUAAACAAGUGGCUGCUGCGAAUCCAAACCUCAUCUCUAGCAGCGUCAUCGGAACUACAUUUGAAGGGCGCUCUAUUCACCUCCUCAAGGUUGGCAGAGCUAAAUCAAAUAAGCCUGCUGUUUUCAUAGACUGUGGUUUUCACGCCAGAGAGUGGAUUUCUCCUGCAUUUUGCCAGUGGUUUGUGAAAGAGGCUGUUAGCAACUAUGGAAAAGAUACUCUCACGACAAAGCUUCUCAACGAGUUAGACUUUUAUGUCCUUCCUGUGGUCAACAUUGAUGGCUACAUCUACACCUGGACCAAGAACCGAAUGUGGAGAAAGACCCGCUCUACCAAGACAGGAACUACCUGUGUUGGUGUGGAUCCCAACAGAAAUUUUGAUGCUGGUUGGUGCAAAUUGGGAGCCUCUAAAAGCCCCUGUGAUGACACGUACUGUGGAUCUGCUCCUGAAUCUGAAAAAGAGACCAAGGCCCUGGCCAAUUUCAUCCGCAAAAAUCUCUCCACCAUCAAGGCAUAUCUAACAGUCCACUCGUACUCCCAGUUGCUGCUCUACCCUUACUCCUAUGAUUACAAACUCCCUUCAAACAGUGCUGAGUUGGAUGCCCUGGCCAAAGCUGCUGUUAAACAGCUUACCUCCCUGUACGGCACCAAGUACACAUACGGCCCAGGAGCUACAACAAUCUAUCCUGCUGCUGGGGGCUCUGACGACUGGGCUUAUGAUCAAGGAAUCAAAUAUUCCUUCACUUUUGAGCUCCGGGAUACAGGCAGAUACGGCUUUGCACUUCCUGAAUCCCAGAUCCAGGCAACCUGUGAGGAGACACUGCUGGCAGUUAAGCACAUCGCCAACUACGUCCUGGAACACCUGUACUAG